GUGGAGUCAGAAUUGUGGGAGGGCAUGCACCAUUCCCCAGACAUCAUAAUUGAUGUGGAACAUCAAUCAACAGAAAACGAGGAGUGUAGUUUGUGUGAGUCACCUUUAGACACAUCACCAACAGCGCAAGAAAAUAUGACCAAUGCCAGUGAGACUGCUAUGUCUGAAGAAGAUGAUGGGUUCAUAAGGAAUCUUGUGCCUUCUAAAUCAACAUAUUUUUUCAUUGACCAAAAGGACUGGACCUCUCUACAGAAAUCAAGAACACGUAGAGGAUUCAAACUCUUCAGUGGACAAACAUCAUCGCCAAAGGAAUUCGUUCAAUCCAUCCAUACUGCUCUUUUGCCUUUAAAAGACACAGUGUUAAGACACAUGGCUCACAAAGACAAGGUCCUGAAUUUUGGUGUCUGGGUUACUGUCGCUUUGAAGACUGUCCUGUUCAAGUAAAAGACACAGUAAAUAACGCAAAGGAUCUGAAAGCCGAUGUGAAUUUCAAGGGCAAGACAAGCAUCCAUAAUCGCAUCGAAUUAAAAUCAAGACCAGUAAGAGGAAAGGACAGGUGUGCAAUGGGGAAGAUAUUGCAAAAAGAAUUGCCGAGGUCAAUGUACUUACAUAACAUAGGCCAAUUACAUGACACAGUUAUGGAGUCUGGAUGCAGAGAUGAGGCCCCCACACCUUCUAUAUUGAAAACCAUCUCAUGGGAAGUUCGACAAAACAGUCGCCUCCAUAACAAUGAGCUCUUAAGUUUGCAGUUCAUGGUUGAAGGAAAAUCAAACAAACCAGAAGAUGUUCUCCAAAAAGUUUUUUUAUUUCCUAAAGGAGUACUAUUGUGGUCACUGAGAAGCAUCGACAUCUAUCAUGAGAGGACAAGAGAAGACAUCUUGUAUUUGGACGCCACUGGUAGCAUUAUGAAGAAGGGAAAGGGCUCCCCACCAUUUUAUGUGUAUGAGCUUGUUGUGAGGAAUCCUUCCAAGAACUCCUCACCCUUUCCUGUGGCAACAUACUUGACAUGUGACCACACCACUGCCUCCGUCAAGUAUUUUCUUGAAGCAUUUCUAACAGAUGUUGCAAAGGCGUAUGGGCAGAGAGCGGUGCGGCCUCCACUGAUGCUACUAUGCGAUGGUUCCAUCGUCAUUAUGCAAGCACUGUGUCUAUCGUUUAUGAAGACCAAUUUGACUAACACCAUUGAGCAUUACUACGCAAUAAUAAGUGGAAAAGGGAAAUCUGCAGAUUUUGACAUCCCAGUUCUGCACCGAUGCCGGAGUCAUCUCAUGAAGAAUGCCAAGGAAAUUUGUAGAAAGUUCGCCAAACAAGAAUACCACCUGGCUAUGCAUGUAAUCGGACUUUUUACAACCGCAACAACCUUACAAGCUCUGGAUGACAUGGUUUUAAGUGCUACAGUCGUUUUCUCCAGUCCAUGCAGUGGACAAAACGUUGAAAAGCACUUCAAAAACCUGCAACUCCUGAUGCAGGACAAACGACAAACUUUUGAGGAAAACCGAAAAAGUGAAGGACUUCUUGAUGAGGACAUCCAAGGAAAAAACAUUUUUGCCAAGCAUUUCAGUCGACUAAUUGCCAAAGCUCCUUUGGAUAAAGAUGGCCAGACCAACGUGUAUUAUUGCGAUGGAUUUAUUCAUCACUUGUGUCAAUACAUCCUACCCUAUGCUGCACUGUGGUCUGCCAUGAUGCUUGGUGAUCUUGGACGUCAUGGGACUGGCACAGUUUAUGAGAAUGCAACACGGAGAUAUAAUUUCCUGAAAACCCUGAAAAGACAGAAUAUCACAGACGACAAUAAAACACAGGGCAUAAUGGAGAAAAGCCAGUGGGAUUUGAAACACGUUCGGUUCCCGUCUCGAAGGCUCACCAGGCUAGAUGAUUUUGUUGUCCAGUACCAGCUCAUCCACACAGCUAUGUUGAAGGAGUUUGACGACCACAGUCGGUCUUUGAAAAGAAAGAGUUUUAGAGUGGACGUGGAAAAAUGGAAACAACGAAAUCAGAAAAAGAGGGGGAGAUACGUCAAGGGUAUCACAAAGCCAUUCCAUUUUAAAGGUUCCAGCACACAGGUACUCCAUUUAGGGUGUCAAUUUAGGUCGAUUACACGACCAUUUCAGGGUGCUGUCUGCCCUCUGUCUCAAGUUAGCUGGGAUAGGUUCCAAGCAAUUCCUUGCAUCCGUGAUAGGCAGUGUUGAAAAUGGAUGGAUGGAUAAGAUAAGAAAACCUUUAUUUGUCCCACAACAGAUAAAUUAGCAA